AUGGACAGACAAACCAUCAUUGAGACCAACCGGUCGCUGCGCACCAUCAAGAACGAACUCGAGAACCUGCUCGAGAAGGGCGUCAUCUCCGAAGAUGCCUACGACAGUAUGCACGCCACCCUCCCCGCCGAAACCCCGCUUCACGGCGCCGCAUCCCGCGCGGCCCCCAACGCCGCGACCCCCGUCCAGAACAACAACUCUUUCUCCCCUCCCCCGACCGCCGCAAUGGCGGCCCUCAACGUCAACCCGACCCCGUCGCCGGCGCCGCCAUCCUACAACCAAACGGGUCCCCCGUCCCUCCCCGCCCGCACCAAUGAGAAGCCCGUUCUCGCACACGCCCGCGCGCUGUACCGCUACGCUGGCGCCGACGCCCGCGACGUGGCUUUCGAGCGGGACGACCGCAUCGCCAUCCACGAGUACAUGAACGCCGACUGGUGGAUGGGCCGUAACCUCCGCACCGGCCAGGAGGGCAUCUUCCCCAAGACGUACGUCCUCGUCGAGCAGGACAUGGCCAAGGGCGCCUUUGCUCCCGCCCCGGUGCAGCCACAGUAUGCUCCCCAGCAGCCGCAGUGGGCUCCCCAGCCGCAGUAUGCCCAGCCUCAGGGCCCGCCGCCUCAGCAGAACCCGUACAAUGCGGACGUGCCGCCUCAAGCUGUCGCUGAUCAGAGCACGGCGGGUAAGGAGGGUGGCGGCAAGGGCGCCGAGAUGGGCAAGAAGUUUGGAAAGAAGCUUGGUAACGCUGCUAUUUUUGGUGCUGGUGCUACUAUCGGUUCCAACAUUGUCAACAGCAUCUUCUAG